AAAAACCUAGCAGUGCUGUUACCCUGUAAUGGACGUUUCAGAGGAAAGUGUUUCUCCUGUCCAGUGUGCUUGUUGGUUGAAAGCCUGAUUGGCUGUUUACCUUGACAACUCAGUCUGUGAUUGCUGGAUGUAAAGCCCAGCCCCCUUCACUCCAGCUUGGGGACCAUUCAUAACUAAACAACUGCAGCACUCUCAACUGAGUCCGGGUAACGUAGCAGACACAGUGUUAUAUAUAAAGGAGCAGUUACACGGCAAGAAGGGGGCAAAAAUAAAACAUGAAAGAUCACAGUCAGCUUUUCGUCAGUUAACACAUAAGGGCUCAAAAGGAGGACGGACAACACAUUUUUAAAGAUCGUUCGCUUUCACUCAUUCUGAUUUGCUGUUUAAAUGGACUUAAUUACUCGCUCUUCUAAUCUUAUAGCUUGCUGAUUUCUACUGCUGCUGCUGCUUGAUGCACCUGAAGUCCCUUCACCGUUGAUCACAAAGUAACUUUUUUUUGGUUGGUUGGUUUGUGUGUGUGAUUGUUUUGUUUUUUCAAGUGCUUGCCUCUGGCUUAACCGGUAAGCAUUGGAUCCAUCAGCGUACUGCGAAACUCCGGUGUACAACCCGGACCUUUGCCCAAACAUGAUAGCUGCCCAAGCAAAACUAGUUUAUCAACUCAACAAAUAUUAUAACGAGAGAUGCCAGACGCGGAAAGCCGCCAUAGCCAAGACCAUCAGAGAGGUGUGCAAGGUGGUAUCGGACGUCCUAAAGGAGGUAGAAGUACAGGAGCCCCGUUUCAUCAGCUCCUUGAGCGAAAUUGAAGCACGCUAUGAAGGGAUGGAGGUUAUUUCCCCUAACGAAUUCGAGGUAGUGCUUUACCUGAACCAGAUGGGGGUUUUCAACUUUGUGGACGACGGGUCGUUGCCUGGUUGCGCAGUAUUAAAACUCAGCGACGGGCGAAAAAGAAGCAUGUCUCUUUGGGUAGAGUUUAUCACAGCCUCUGGCUACUUAUCUGCCCGGAAGAUCAGGUCAAGGUUUCAGACACUGGUGGCUCAAGCAGUAGACAAAUGCAGCUAUCGAGAUGUUGUCAAGAUGAUAGCAGACACCAGUGAAGUAAAACUGAGGAUCCGUGAGAGAUACGUAGUCCAGAUCACUCCAGCUUUCAAAUGCACAGGCAUUUGGCCUCGAAGUGCUGCCCAGUGGCCGAUGCCUCAUAUCCCGUGGCCAGGUCCCAACAGGGUAGCCGAAGUCAAGGCCGAAGGCUUCAAUCUUCUCUCUAAAGAGUGCUAUUCGUUAACAGGAAAACAGAGCUCAGCUGAGAGCGAUGCCUGGGUCUUGCAGUUCGGAGAAGCUGAAAACAGACUCCUGAUGGGUGGCUGCAGAAAGAAAUGCCUCUCCGUCCUCAAGACUUUGCGCGAUCGACACCUUGAAUUACCAGGGCAACCUCUUUACAACUAUCACAUGAAAACUCUGCUUCUUUACGAAUGCGAGAAACACCCCAGAGAAACCGAUUGGGACGAAUCGUGUCUCGGAGACCGAUUAAAUGGAAUCCUCCUGCAGCUCAUCUCGUGUUUGCAGUGUCGCAGAUGCCCUCAUUACUUCCUACCAAACUUAGAUCUGUUUCAAGGAAAGCCCCAUUCAGCUCUUGAAGCUGCUGCAAAACAGACCUGGAGACUAGCAAGAGAAAUCCUCACGAAUGCAAAAAGUCUGGACAAACUAUAGAGCAAUUUAAAAAAAAACUAGAAAUGUAUUAUGAUAUUGCUAUUAUUAUUAUUAAACAACAUUCGUGAUCCAGAUUGGUCUGCCUUUUCUCCGAGUAAUGUGAAAAAAAUGACUUUUUACAAAGAAGCAAUGGGACUUUACAAGAAAGAAAUUGAAGGUACAUUUUCAACUAAAUGUCGCCCUUUUUGUUUAAUUUUCCACAAAAUGAAGAAACUUAUUUAAAUAUAUAUAUAUGCACAAAUUAUUUCAAUGCAAACAAAAAAAAUAUUCUGAUGUUAAAUGUAGUGCCAAGUUCUGAUUUUGAUUAUGUGCCCUGAAAAUCGAAAUGUAUAACAGUAAUAAAAUUGAAUUACCUUAA